AUGCUCAUUCACGUUCGCCUUCACCAUCAUCCCAUCUCUUCUCUUCUUCCUUUCUUUCCUUCAAUUAGUGUGCGAUUGAAAACUGUUGGUGCACUGGGCAGCCAUGUUGUCAGUAAAGAGGGACACCACGAUGUCGCUUCCACUACCGGAUUCGUCUGCCUAGGUGACCAGUGUUCCCGUCAUUGCUGCGUCAAUGAGAAUUUGAUCCACGGAGAGAAGGCACUAAAACGAGGGCACCUGGAAGCUUGGCUGGAAGUGCAAGCAGACCACACGUUGUAUUGCGUGGAGUCGGAGGACAAAGUCUAUGUCGAUAGGGCUGCAAAGGCUUGUGAAGGUAACACCGAUUAA